AUGACUCAAGAUAGCAAUAAAAUGGAAGGACUAGGUCGAAGUUUGAAAAGAAUAAGUAUGGCAGUUUUAUGUUGUACGCCUUUAAUUAAUGUUCUGCAGUUUAAUCAAUGCGACAACGUUCCAAACGUUUCAACUAACAUACAAGUAGAAGUCAAACUAGAUGGUUUCAAAAGACAUGAAGGAUAUAGACCAUUAUUUUUUAAAAAUACAACCGUCGAAAAACUAACGAAUAAACAUUCAAGUGUUUCUGUUACUACUAAUGGCAAGCCAAGCAGUGGUUUUGCGUCAAACAAAGCGUUGUCGCAUUCAAUUGAUAAAAUUUUACUUCAAAGAAAGCUUGAUGUGUUUUUACUUUUAGCGGAAUACGUGGGGCUAUAUAAAGAAAAAACUGCGAUACUAUUCCGACACGUAUUCGGACUGCUAUUGAGUCCCUGUCUUAGUCGAGAAACGUUAAGACCAAUGAUGAUAUUGGAAAAGAAACCUGACAAUGAUUUUGGAAAGAUUAACGUACCACAGAUUUUUAUACCAGUUAUUUCAAUAAUUUUAUUAGCCUGGGUAACAACUUUAGCAUAUUUAUUUUGCAAGAAGCGAGACGAAAGCAAGCUGAUUGUAGUACCAAACAGCUAUUACAAUGAAGAAUUAAAAGAAGAGAGAAAUGAACAGUAUGAUUCUGGUAUUGAUUGUAGUGCAUCGGAUUUUUACAAGCAAAACAAUAAUACACAAAUUCUUGUCAACAACUCGGCGUCAAGUGCCGAGUGUCUGAAUCGGAUAAGAGUUCGUCUGAUUCAGACUCCUACCUAA